AUGACGCUGCUGUGCGUGCCGCUGGUGGCCAAGACGGUGGAGCAGAUGACGGCCGACAUGGCCGCCGCCAAGGCCAGCGGCGCCGACCUCGUCGAGCUCCGGGUCGACCACCUCUCCGCCUUCCUCCCUAGCCGCGACCUCCCGCUCCUCCUCCGCGACCGCCCCCUCCCCGCCCUCGUCACCUACAGACCCAAAUGGGAAGGGGGUGAGUACGAAGGUGAUGACAAGCAGCGAUUGGAGGCAUUGCUUUUGGCCAUGGAAUUGGGAGCUGAUUACGUUGAUGUUGAGCUUAAGGUGGCUGAGGACUUCGUGAGGCUCAUCGAUGGGAAGAAGCCAGAAAACUUCAAGCUUAUCGUGUCUUCUCACAACUACCAAAAGACACCUUCAAGUGAGGAGCUCGGAAGCCUUGUGGCAGCCAUACAGGCUUCCGGAGCUGAUAUAGUGAAGAUCGCAACAACUGCUGUGAGUGUGGUGGAUGUGACACGCAUGUUCCAAGUUCUCGUGCAUUGCCAGGUCCCCAUGAUAGGACUGGUUAUGGGGGAGAGAGGUCUGCUCUCCAGGGUGCUCUGCCCCAAGUACGGUGGAUAUCUCACCUUCGGCACCCUCGGCGAGGGCAAGGCAUCGGCUCCCGGGCAGCCAACCGUCUCACAGCUGCUGCAACUGUACAACAUCAGGCAGAUCGGAGCAGACACCAAACUCACUGGGUUGAUAGGGAAUCCAGUGAGGCAGACCAAAAGCCACAUCUUUCACAAUGCUGCAUUCAAAUCUGCUGGCUUCGACGCUGUCUAUGUGCCACUGCUGGUGGAUGACCUCACUGCUUUCCUACAUGCCUUCUCGUCUCCGGACUCCGUUGGAUUCAGCUGCACAAUGCCCCACAAAGAAAUUGCAGUGAGAUGCUGUGAUGCAGUCGAUCCAAUUGCGAAGUCUAUAGGCGCCGUGAACACCAUCAUCAGGCGACCGAGCGACGGCAAGUUCGUCGGCCACAACACUGAUUACUUUGGUGCAAUAUCUGCAAUCGAGGAGGAACUGAGAGGUUCGCAGGGACUGGGAAAGGAGGAAGAGACUGCUUCUCCCCUUGCAGGUAGGGUGUUCGUCGUAAUGGGUGCAGGUGGAGCUGGGAAGGCCAUUGCUUACGGCGCGAAGGAGAAAGGAGCCAGAGUCGUGAUCGCUAAUCGAACUUACGAGCGAGCCCGGGAGCUGGCGAAACAAGUUGGUGGGCAGGCACUGCCACUCUCUGAGCUGGAGAACUUCCACCCGGAGGACGGAAUGAUCCUGGCAAACGCGACCUCGGUGGGCAUGCAGCCAAACGUGGGCGAGACUCCUCUCGCUAAGCGAGCUCUCGGGCACUACGCCUUGGUGUUCGAUGCGGUCUACGCCCCGAAAGUGACGAGGCUUCUGAGGGAGGCAGAAGAAAGUGGAGUCCCCACUGUUGGUGGAUUUGAGAUGUUCAUAAGGCAAGCAAUGGGGCAAUUUAAGCUGUUCACAGGUUUGGAAGCCCCUGGAAAGGAGAUGCGAGAACUCAUGAUGAAAUAUGUUUGAGAUAGUUUGAUUUCAAUAAAGUUUUGGAAGUUCCAUUAAAUAAAUUAUGUGUGCUUAAUUUUUUAUUAUUAGAAGUAAACCAUUUGGGCUA